CAAAGUGUAAUUAAAAUGAAGACACUAGUUUUGUUUGUAUUAAGUGCCAUGUGUUUAAAUUAUUCGUCACAGAGUUCCGAAAUGCGUGAUCGUGAAUUAUUACUCAAGAUUCAGACAUUUCAAAAUUAUCUCAAGUCCACCCAGAAUUCAGAUUUAUUUGCCAACACGAAAGUCGGAUUCGACAUACAACAGUAUAAAGCUGGCCUUGGUAAUGAAGAUAUACAUUUAAAUAUUUCUCAACUAAUAUUUAAAUAUGGAUACAAAGUGGAGGAGCACGAAGUUAUUACCGAAGAUGGAUAUAUUUUGACUUUGAUCAGAAUCCGCAGCGAAGGACCUGUUAUAUUCUUAAUGCAUGGAUUGUUAAUGAGCGCUGACGACUGGGUGACGGCGGGUACAGAGAGUGGGAUUGCCUAUUUACUUGCUAACGAAGGUUAUGAUGUGUGGAUGGGGAAUGCUCGAGGCAACACACAUUCGAGGCGACAUAAGACGUUGGCACCCUCUUCGCAAAAAUUUUGGGACUUUAGUUGGGACGAGAUCGGGCGCUACGACCUCCCAGUUAUGAUAGAUUAUGUUUUGAAUGCAAGAAAUCAGACGAAGCUAAUUUAUGUAGGUCAUUCACAAGGUUGUACAUCGUUUUUGGUCAUGUGCUCAGAAAUACUCUCAUACAAUGACAAAAUAUCUUUGAUGGUUGCGUUGUCUGCGCCGGCCGCCCUACCGAACAUGAAAAGUCCUAUAUUAAAUUUUUUAAAGACUGUAACGCUUUACCAUCCUGAACUCCUAUUUUCACUUCUUAAAGAAUUAGGUAUUUAUGAAUUCUUGCCAAGUGUCAACAUAACAGCACCUUUUCGCGAAACCAUAUGUGGAACGGAGGAGUUCGCGAAAAUCGUGUGUACUAAUAUUGUGUUCGCGUUUUGUGGAUUUGACGCUGCACAGUUAAAUGUUACCAACUUACCUGUCGUUUUUGCUCACACACCGUCUGGAGCAGCAACUAAGCAGUUCGAACAUUAUUCCCAAUCUUUAAUCUCGGGUAGAUUUCGAAGGUUUGAUCUUGGACCGGCAAAAAACUUUGAAAUGUACCGCUCUCUGAUUCCCCCAGAGUAUCCAGUGGAGAAAAUUACUGUACCUAUAGCCUUAUUUUAUAGCGAGAAUGACUGGUUAGUGGAUGUCAAAGAUGUAGAAAAUUUACGUAGGAGAUUGAAAAAUGUAGUGGAAUAUUACAAAGUUCCUAAUAAAAAUUUUAAUCAUGUUGAUUAUUUGUUUGCUAUAGACUUAAAACAAUUAGUGUAUUCAAAAAUGUCAUCAGUAAUUAAAAACCAUUUGCUACAUUAG